AUGGCUUCAUCAUAUGUGGAAGAGUUACUUCGUCAACUCGCAGAAGAGAGAGAACGUGCUGACAGAGAACGAGAGCGUGCCAAUCGAGAGCGAGAACAUGCCGACCGAGCAGAACGAAAACUUGCCGAGGAGCGAGAACAUGCAGAACAAAAGCUUGCUGAGGAACGAGAACAUGCAGAACAAAUGCUUGCUGAGGAGCGAGAGCGCGCCAAUCGAGCAGAGGCAAAACAGGCCCCUACAACUCUUGAACAAUAUCUCAGGCUUAUCCAACAGCGCCUUGUGACAACCUUAUUAGUCGAGUCCAACCCAGUCAAUUCAGCAUCAGGGUCUGUGACGGCCGUGAAUGAGAAGUUUUACCCUUUGGAGCUAUGUCGGUGGGACGAUUUUGAGAAACAACUUGAGCGAACCUUCAUUGAAAUCAGUUCGGUUUUCUCGAGCAGAUCUCUUUUUCCUUCCGAAACAGACAUACUUGGCGUUCAGCGCGAACUCUCGCCUACCAGCCGAAAGGACGAGCAGGAUAUCCGACCAUUUGUCCGAAGUGCGAUCGAGAAACCAGCCGAGCGUAUCGUGAGAGCUUAUUACGACCUGACGAAUCGGCCGGAGAAGUUCUGUUUCCAGAAUAAUGCUUAUAGCCUGGAGUAUCGAGAUCCUGAGACAGAGAUCGAACGUAGAUCUCCUAGCAAAAGGAGAUCUCCAGAACGCAAGAAAAGCCAGCCCAUUCCCGACCGCUGGGGUAUCUGUGAGGAAGAAGGAGGUCUGCGUCGGGUCUGUGUUGGAGAGUAUAAAGCAGCGCACAAGGUACCGGACGAAGAAAUCAGACAAGUUCUUGACACUGCAUCCAAAAACCUGUUCCUGGAGGUGCUCUGGCGAAAGCAGUCGGGAACGACCAAUUCCGAACAGGAUAAAGCGAAGGAGCUUGUGGCACAGAUUCUUUGCCAGGCGUUUCAUUAUAUGAUCCAAAGUGGCCUACUCUUUGGAUACAUAACGUCGGGCCGGACUCUAAUUCUCCUUAGAGUUGACGAGUUCGCACAACAGAGACAAGCUCGUGAAUCUGAAGCUCAGUAUGCGCCAGCGACUCAAUUAGCGACCUUUGCGCUCCUGGCACUGCGCGCAAGAGAGAUGCCCCGUGAUUGGAUUGUACAGGCUGAAAAUUGCGGCAUUUAUCAGUGGCCCCUGGUUCCUAAUCCGGCAUUACACCAAAACAUCUCCCUGCAGCCUCAAACAUAUGGCGGAGAAACAAGUGAAAGUAGUGGAGAGAACGAUGACCCGAAUGACAGUGAUUAUGGUGCCUCUCAAAGACAAUCUAGGUCCCAGCCGGACCAGCAAUCCCGAUCACAGAACGAGCGUCGACGGUCUCCACGGAAACGAACUGAACGUUCCGUCGGGGAAUAUUGCACACAGGCUUGUUUGCUCGGCCUUGUUCAAAAAUCGCCGCUGGACGUGAGCUGCCCCAACUUUUCCAUGCACAAGCGGAGCUCUGCUCGCGGGAAGCACCCGAUUACCAAAGAUGAUCUUUGUUGUCUUCUUCGAAAGCAGCUUGAUCGGAGCCUUGAUCAAAGUUGCGAAUGUCUAGAUAGGAAAGGUUUUUUUGGAGAUGUGGGUGUGCUUUUUAAAGUCACUCUGACCGAAUAUGGAUACACAUUUGUUGCCAAAGGCGUGCAGAAAGCGAAUGAGCGCGACUUGGCUCAUGAAAUGAAGGUAUACUCACAUCUUGUGCCUUUACAAGGGAAGAAUAUCCCGGUCUGUCUUGGCAGCAUAGCUCUUACUCGGCCAUAUCCCCUUGUCAGUAUGGCAAAAGUGACGAAGAUGUUGUUGAUGUCGUGGGCUGGAACGAGUUUAUGCUACAAUACCUGGCCUGAAGGUGUUGACAUCAAGAAAGAGACGGACAAAACACUACAGACAUUAGCUCAGUCUGGCGUCCGUCAUGAUGACAUUCGACAGUCCAAUCUAGUAUGGAACGCUGAACGACAGCGAGUGAUGGCAAUUGAUUUGCAGCAGGCAACUAUCACAUCUGUUACAAAGCGACAGGCUUCACCUCCUGUGUUGCAUACGCGCAAGCAUAGGAAGAUAGCACGUAGCUCAUCUCAUAUCAAGGGGAUUGUUAUUUGA